AUGGCUAUGGUUGAUACGGGAGCUACUCAUACAUUUAUUGAUGUUAAUAGUGCUGCAAAAUUGGGGCUUAAGUUGACUAAAAGUCCCUCCUACGUCAAAACAGUGAAUGCUAAGGCACAAGCCAUUGUGGGCAUGACUUAUGGAGUGUCUAUGUCAACUGGAAAUUGGGUAGGAAAACAUAACUUGAUGGUGAUGCCGUUAGGAGAUUUUGAGAUGAUACUUGGUAUUGAUUUUCUGAGAAAAUUCCAGUUUGUUCCUUUUUCACAUUUAGAUGGAAUAAUGAUUAUGAAUAGGGAUAAUGCUGAAUUUGUAAAGGGUGUUCAUUCAUUUGGGAAAGUCAGUAAUGUUGUAAAGAAGAAGGAUAGGGGAAUGAUGUUGUUUGCUAUGUCAAUUGGCAAAGGAAUGAAGAGGGUGCCUGAUUGUGUGGCCAAGUUGUUGAAAAAGUUUGCUGACGUGAUGCCGCUUGAAGUACCAAAGACUUUGCCACCAAGGAGGGAAAUUGAUCAUAAAAUUGAGUUGCUGCCAGGUACGGUUGGUCCUGCACAAGUUCCUUAUCGUAUGGAUCCUAAGGAACUGGUUGAAUUGCGGAAACAGUUAAAUGAAUUGUUGGAUGCUGGUCUGAUUCAACCAUAUAAGGCUCCAUAUGGUGCUCCUGUUUUGUUCCAAAAGAAACAGGAUGGAACGAUGAGAAUGUUGAGAAAAGCAUGCUGGUUCACGAAACUUGAUCUUAGGCAGUCUACUGGCAGCGAUGAUAUUGUUAUCUAUAGUCGAACAUUGGAUGAACAUGUCAAUCACUUAAAUAUGGUUAAGGAUUUGCGAUCGUUUCUUGGGUUGGCUAACUAUUACAGAAAGUUCAUUGCGGGUUAUUCAAAAAGGGCAGCGGCUCUGACUGACUUGUUGAAGAAAGAUGCUGAAUGGAUAUGGGCUUUGCCUGAUUUUGAAUUGCCAUUUGAAGUACAUACUGAUGCGUCUGAUAAGGCUAUUGGAGGCGUCAGUACAUUUUUCAAAACACAAAAGAAAUUGAGUCCAAAACAAGCAAGAUGGCAAGAGUUUCUGGCAGAAUAUGAUUUCAUGUGGGAACACAAGCCGGGAAAACACAACCAGGUUGCUGAUGCAUUGAGUCGGAAAGAGGUAUUUGCUGCAGUAUAUUCAAUUUCAAAACUUGAGACUGAUUUCUUUGAUAGAAUCAGGGAGAGAAUAGUCGUACCAAAUCAGGGUGGAAUGCGCAAAGACUUGAUGAAGGAAGAGUAUGAUUCCGCUUGGGUUGGACAUUCGGGUGUUGAAAGAAUGUUGGCUCUAUUGUCUCGUGUUUAUUUCUGGCCAAAGAUGGAAGAUGACAUAGAAGCAUACGUGAAGACUUGUCAUGUCUGUCAAGUAGACAAGAAUGAACGUAAAAAGGAAGCAAGUUUACUGCAGCCUUUGCGUAUUCUUGAAAUGCCUUGGUUAUUAGUAAGUAUGGAUUUCAAUUUUGGAUUUCCUAAGGUAGACAGCAAAGCAUCGAUAAUGGUGAUAGUAGACAGGUUCUCAAAAUAUUUUGUUUUCAUUGUUGCACCUGAAUUGUGUUCAUCUGAGAUUGCUGCUGAUUUAUUCUAUAAAUAUGUGGUUAAAUACUUUGGUGUUCCGUCUGACAUUGUGAGUGAUAGGGAUACAAAGUUCACAGGCAGGUUUUGGACAGCAUUGUUCAAUAUGAUGGGAAUUGAGUUGAAAUUUUCUACUGCGAAUCAUCCACAAACAGAUGGACAGACAAAAAGGAUUAGUCACUUAUUAGAGGAAUACUUGAGGCAUUAUGUGACAGUAAGUCAACAGAAUUGGGUUGCGUUGUUAGACACUGCGCAGUUUUGUUAUACUCUGCUCAAGUCGUCUGUAACAGAAAUGAGCCCUUUUGAAAUCGUUUUAGGCAAACAGUCUACGACGACAUUGAAUAUUGCAAGUAAGACUAGGCAUCGAGGUUUGAUUCCUAGGUAUGAUGGUCCAUUUGAAGUGGUGAAACGAGUGGGCGAAGUUGCAUAUAGGAACAGAUCAAAGAGGGCUCCUCCAUCAGUACCUACACAGUUUGAUGCUGAAAUUGAGAAAAUCCUUGAUCAUCGGGUUUUGGGCACAAGUAAGAAAAAUACAAAGAUAGAAUUAUUGAUUCAUUGGAAAGGCAAGAGUGCAGCUAAUGCAGUUUGGGAGAAAUCAAAGGACUUAUGGCAGUUUGAUGCUUAA